AUGGUAAGAGAUGCCCUGAAGGUCAUGAAGCCCACUCUUGACAAAGUGAAGGGGAUGGUAGAAUUCUUCCAUAAGAGCACAAGAGCAACAGAGAAGUUGAAGUCUACUCAGCGCCAAAUGGAUAUGCCUGAGCUGAGGCUCAAGCAAGACUGUGUCACAAGGUGGAAUUCUACAUUGUACAUGCUGAAACGGGUUCUGGAGUCAAAGGAUGCAAUCAUCUCUACCCUGGCCCUUAUCAAUGCACAUAUGGAUGCUCUGGAUCAAGAAGAAUGGGAGGCACUACAGGAGACCUGCACUGUUUUGGAACCCUUUGAGCAGGUCACCGUGGAAAUCAGCUCAGAGAGGGGUCUGCAGAAAAUCACAGCCUACAACCAGACACAAGUGACCAAGAGGAAAGUGACAGAGUUGGUGACUGCUCUCUCAACGUCGAUGGACAGAAAGUUCCACAGAAUGGAAUACAACACUGUCCUAUCAGAAUCUACUGUACUCGAUCCAAGGUUCAAAAGGCUGGCCUUUAAUGAUAACUGCGCUGUUGAUGAGGCUCUUCAGAGAGUAACAGCAGCAGCAGCUCGUUGCGACCUCAGCAGCCAGCCAGCUCAACCACCAGGAGGCCAAGAGGGAGAAGAGGGAGCAAGGGCACCAGAAGUGGAGCCACAAAUGUCUGCUGUUUGGAGGCUCUUUGAUGCAAGAGCAACAGAAGACAUUGCAAGAAGGAAUCCCUCAGCAGAUGCUAUGCUGGAAGUAAGGUCCUAUCUGGAGGAGCCUCUUAUCCCAAGAACCGCAGACCCGCUGAGCUGGUGGGAGUCCAAGGCUUCAGUGUACCCACGACUUGUGAAGGUCAUGGCACGGCGACUGUGCAUUGUAGCCACAUCAGUCCCCUCAGAAAGGAUCUUUUCUAAAACAGGGCAGAUAAUAACAGAGAGAAGAAACCGGAUCAACCCCUCUAAGCUGAGGCACUUGGUCUUCCUCAAUGCCAAUCUGCCCUGAAAAGAAAAAGAAAAGGUUACAGUUUGAUAGUUGACAGUGGUAGGUUCAUUAGAGACUGUUUGAUACUGCUGUUUUGCACAUUACAAUACAUUUAUUUUUAUUAUGUUUUUUGUAU